UCAAAAUUGUAUUAAUACAAUUAACUACUGUUUUAAGGCGUUAACCAGGUAACCAGUAAACUAAUUGAAUGAUCAUCAAUAAACUUAAUUAGUUGGCCAACAAUUGAUGAAUUAAUGAAUUUCUCAUGAAUAGUUAAUCACCAUUAUAUGUGUUUAAUUAAGUAAAUCAAUAAAUUAAUUUAUCGACAAAAAUGUUUCUCUAUUAUCUCAUGUGUUCAUCGUUAAUUCAAUUAAUCGACUCAGCUUCUCUUAUGCAUCUUCCCUUACGAGUGACCAGUGGAUCCAAUGUGAUUAUUCAUGCAACUUUAACGGACACUAUUAAUGGUAAAAAUUGGAAGAUCAAAGAAUAUCUUUCAACUGAUCAUUCGAUUCAUGGAAAAAUUCAUGUUGAAUCGGAUGAAAGUUCAUUUGAUAUUUACUAUGAGACGGUCAAUGAUUACAAGCGAUUGGUCAUUCAUGACAAUCAAUGUGAUCUAUUUGAGUUCAAUGGUAAAGAGCAUUGGGAUAAAAUGUUACCUGGGGUCAGUAGUUCACUGACCAAUACAAUCUUAAUGGUUGGACCUUCAUUAGUUUAUAGACUUCAAAAUGAUUUAAGUGCUUUUGCUAAAGGAGAUUCAAGUCCAAUGGUCAAAGGGGUCAAGAUGGACAGUACAUCAAGAGAUAUCUCAUCUAAAUUGAGAAUCACAAUUUACCAUCAAUUCAAUUCUGAUAUUGAAUUAGCUUUAAUUAAACCUAAUCGGAUACAAUUUGAUGGUUACAAUUUAAUCAUGGACAUUACUUUACAUUUAAUCACAGAUUAUAAUCAAGUCGAGUCACAGAUAACUCCAGGUAUUGGAUGUCCAAUUGAACUACAACCAAUUAAAUUAUUACCAAAAUUAACAAGUCAACAAAUACAAAUGACAAUCAAGGAGAAAGUGAUUAAAUUUAAUUCUGAAACAAUUUCCUCAUUCAAAAUUUAUGCUGAUGAUGAUAAACAAUUAAUGGCCAUUAUUUCAGAUGCUGAUAAAUCAAUGAAACUUUUUGAUUACAAUUUAGAUAUAAUUUAUGAUUAUGGUAACAAUUUAAAUUGUAAAUUAAAGCCAAUUGAUUCUGAUGGUCCGGGUUUAAUUGUAAACGAUUACAAAGCUGAUCGAUUUGAUUUAUAUAAAUUGCUUGAGAUGAGACGACCAUUUAAAUAUCUUGGUCAAGUUAAUUAUAGAUCACGAUUAGCUUUUACCAUUGAUGCCUGGGAAUCAGUUGAAUAUAAUGUCAUCUUUAAUCAAGUUAAUUGUGAUAAAUUAGUGGUAACAAUUUACUUGGAGAAAACGAUUCAAGACUUGGGAUGGUCAAGUAAUGGUCAACACUAUUUACCAUUGGCUAUUGUUUUAAAUUGUUACAAUAAGGAUACUAAGGGUAAUUACAAUUUAGAGAUGAAAAUUGAACGAGACAUUUAUGAUUAUCAAAGUGAUUUCAUUGAAAGUGAAUUAAAAUCACUGAUGAAAUCAUUUAAUUGUCCGUUUGGAAAACGUUUACAAUUAACCUUUAAACUUGAACAUUUUGAAUCUAAUCAAUUGAUUGAGGAUAAUCUCGAGGAGAUUAAAAGUUCAUUGGAAAAUGAGAUUAUCAAGAAUGGGAAAAUUUCACCAACAAGAAUUGAGAAAAUUGAUUUACAAUUACAAUCAGUUGAUUUAAUUAUCGCAACAAUUAAUUUGCUUGAAGCUCCAUCUGUUGGAGAUGUUUUUCCAACACAAUUAAGAAGAUUGGACAUUUCAAAAAUUCGUAAAUCAUCAAGUGUCCAUGUCGAUACAAUUGAAAAGUGUCUCCAAGUAGAGACUUCAUUUGAUGAGAGAAUCAGAGCUGUUGUUUAUUGUUCAGAGGAUGAAAUUAUUUGCUCCAGUGUCGGUGAUGGCGAUCAACUAGUCGAUGACCUUUCGAACGGUCAAUUUUGUUUGGUCAUCGAAUCGCCAUUGGGAAGGUUACAUCAAUUUACUCAGCAAAUUAAAUUGGAUUCAGUUCAUGAUUAUCUGUUGAAAUCAAGUUCUAAUUCAACAAUUAAGGUUCCAAUGACCAAUGGUCAAUAUUUUCCUCUUCAAAUUAAUGAUAUAAUUGAUUGGUCAUCUUUUAAUUACGAUAAACAAGUUGAAUUUAUUGGACCAAUUAAAGGAAUCGUUUUAAAAGAUGAAAACUUUGAUUUGAUCUCUUCCUUGACCAUUGGCUAUUUUAGUGAUUGUUAUCGUUCAUGUGGUCAACUUGAUUGUAAUUCAUUCUCAUAUUGUCAAGUGAACAAUCAAAUUAUCUGUAAAUUGUCAAGCAAAAGGAUCACAAGUGAAUCAAAUUUAAUAAUUUCCAAUGAAUCUUGUAAAACUUAUCAUCGAAACGCUGAGACACAAUUUCAUCAAAUUAAAUUGAGACAAUUUAACUCAAUCAAUUCAACUCCAGUCAAAGUGAUUAAAUCAAGUGAUUGUGCCUCAUUAUGUCUUGACAAUCAAGUUAAUUGUAACUCUUAUCAAUUUUGUCCAUCAAAUGGUUUCUGCUAUUUAACUGGCCCUUAUUCAGAGCAAUUAACUCAAACCUCUGAUCAUUGUGACAUUUAUAUUCCUAAACAAUCAGAUAAUUAUCAACGAACUGGAUCAAAGAUAAUUGUGAACACCAAUCAAAUUGAAUUUAACCUUAACCUUGACCAAUGUGCAUCUCUGUGCUCUGGACUGGACACUGACCAAUGCAAAUCAUUUAAUUAUUGUAGCAAAUCAAAAUCAGGCUCAUCAUCAUGUUCAUUAUCAAAAUUCACAAUUAACGAUGAAAAAAAUGUCCAAUUAACUGAAUCAACAUAUUGUCACAAUUAUGAGUUAAUUUUGAAAUCUAAUGAAACCAAUCAGCCAAAAUCAACUGAAACCAAUUUGAUUGUACAAUUUGGACAAUUUAAAUUGGAUUUAAUUAUAAUCUACAUAUUAACAGGUCUGUUAAUUGGUUUUGUAAGCAGCUUAAUUGUUACCAAAUCAAUUGAUUUGAUUGAAAAGUCAACAAUUAAAAGAAAUACUAAUUCAUCACCAGAGGAGCAACAAUUUGAAGACAUAUUUGGAUACUAAUCAUGAUUAAAUUUUAAUUGUUCAAAUAACUAAUUCUGUAAAAACUGUUAUAAUUUAUUAAUAUUUUCACAAUUAACUGAAUAAAUCAAAAAUUAAUGCCCUG